UGCUCGACAUUUAUAUUCAAUUCCAGCAACGUCUGCUAGAGUCGAGAGGCAGUUUAGUGCCGUGGGUCUUGUAAUUAAUGAACGACGAUCAUCAUUAAAUCCUGAUACUGUAGCAGAUAUAUUAUUUGGACGAUCAAUUCAAAAAUCACUUGAAAAAGAUCCACAUCUGUUUUCCUAA